AUGGGCUCGUGUUGUGCAAAUACUACAUAAGAAAAAGAAUCUUUUACUGCUAUUCCAGCUCCAAUCUAAAUAAGCAAUGAAAAUUUAGAAGUUAAAGAAACAACAAAAAUAAAGGAGUCUAAUGAAACUCCAAGUUCACCCAUAAGAUCAGAAAAAAUCGAUGAAGAGAAUUAUGGAAGCAUUAAGAGUUAUCGAGGAGUGUUGAUUGAAAACACUAAUAUAUUUGAUGAACAAUCCUCGCUUGCUCUGACUAUAUAUAAUUCUUUAGGUCCAUUUCCAUUUCCAAUAAUUAAAGAUCAGACUCUUACUUAUGCUGGUCCAGUUCAAAUUGAUGCAGGAUCAAUUUAUCAGGGAUAAUGGUUAGAUGGAAAAAGACAUGGAUUUGGAAAAUACUUACAUCCUUAUGGAUCAAUUUAUGAAGGGGAAUGGUAUAACGAUUAAUAGUAAGGAUAUGGGAGAAUUGUGCUUCCUAACGGGGAUUAUUAUGAAGGCUAAUGGAAGAACGAUAAGGCAUGGGGAACCGGAAAAUAUGUUACGAUAGAUGGAACUACAUAUAAUGGGGAAUGGGUGGAUGAUAAAUAACAUGGAAAAGGAGUAGAAGAAUGGAAAAAUGGCUAAAGGUAUGAGGGAGACUAUUUAAAUGGCUAAAAAACUGGAUAUGGCCUAUUUUUUUGGCCUGAUGGUUCCAAAUAUGAAGGAGGUUUGCUUGAUGGAAUGCCUCAUGGAGAUGGUGAAUACACAUGGAAAGAUGGAAAAAAGUAUAAAGGGGAGUGGAUGUUUAAUCAAAUGCAUGGUUAUGGAAUUUAUAUUUGGCCUGAUGGAAAAAUAUACAAAGGAAAUUUUGAAAAAGAUUAAAGAGAAGGAAAUGGGGAAUUGGAUUGGUCGGAUGGUAGAGUUUAUAAAGGCAACUGGAAAAAUGGUAAAUAACAUGGAGAAGGAGAAUUUAUUUAUAAAAAUAAAAUCCGAAAAGGAGUUUGGUAAAAUGGGCAGCCAGUAAAAUGGAGUCAUAGUGAAUUAUUAUGA